AUGGCAAAGAUUGCGACAGUGUUGAAGAUUGAAGAAAGCGAGUUGUUAGAAAAGAAGCAAAAUAGAAACAACGUGGAAGGAUUUCCUCUACCCUAUUUGGAAGAAACGGCUCGGAUAAUGGCUGCAAGGGAAGAGUGGGAGGUUUAUAUGGAUGUGCUAGCUAUGAUGAUAUACGGGGUGGUCUUAUUCCCUAGAUGUGAUCAAUUUAUAGACUUGGCGGCAAUUGAUGCUUUCAUGGCCUAUAAACAUAAAAGAGAAUGUCCAGUGAUAACUAUUCUAGCAGAUACUCUUCAUACACUGAAUGUUUGUUAUGAGAAAAAGAAUGAAAAAUUAAUGUGUUGUCUCCCAGUAUUAUUUGUCUGGUUGGUUACUACUAUCUUCAAGCGAAGUGGUGGGGCAGUUUGUCCCAUUGAAGAUUUUAAGGGUUGUAGCAUAAAAAAGGAUUUGGAUUGGCAAUUCUACAUGGCAAGUAUGAGCCAGAGUAAUGUGAGAUGGUGUCCAAGGUGGAAGAAUUUGACUGAGAUGAUUUGGCGAUGUGGCGAUUUCCCCAAUGUACCUCUUAUGGGAACUAGAGCUUGCAUCAAUUACAACCCUAUAAUAGGAAUGAGGCAGCACAGACGUCCCAUCCAAGGACCACCUUCUGAAGAAGUCAUAACUCCCUUCCUGGUCCCAAAUCUGCAGAAUCAGGAAAUGUUGACUAGAGUACGUCGUGCUUGGGAGAAAGUAGUAAAAAAAAAAUGA